AGCGCGCAUGACCCAAAAGCGCCGGUGAACGGCUGCCCGCGCCACCGUACCCCGUAACGCGGAACCUUGCACACACAGAUCGGCGAACUGUACGCUGUGCGACUGUUGUCCCGAGACCGCCCCCCGGUUUCUCACGCAUAGGGUUUCGAUCUAUCGUUUCGUAAUAAUAAUAAUUCAAAAAAAAAAAAAAAAAAUUAAAUUACACUCAACGCAAUCACACACUCAACAAAUCACGCCGACACCCUCACACACACACACACACACACACACACACACACACACACACACACACACACACGCGAAAACACGCGCACUCGUUAUAUUAUAACCGUCAUCGUCUCCGCCGUCCGCACAUAAUAUUGUAUAAUUAUUAUUACAUAGUAAUUAUUACAUAAUAUAAUAUCGCUGUUGGCACCCGCCGCCGCAGCAGAGUCGUACGCGGAUCGGUUUUCAUUUCGUGUGGUGGUCUCGCGGUGCCCGCCGGGGGGGUUCGCGAGCCGGUCGUACGCACGAUGGUACGACGGAUGUGGUGCGUGUGCCGAAGCGUAUGAUAAGAAGCCGGCUCCGCGGAGGGAUCUCGACGCCGCGCGACAACGUGAACGAUGGUGGUCGGUGGUCAUGUGCGCUGCAAAUGAGCCAUGCUGUCGUUGUACGUGCGGCUGGGUGUCCUGCUGUUGUGCGCCACGACCGUGCUGCCGGCCGGCCGAGCUGCCACGUCGUCCGCGAACGUCCACAGCAAACGAGAAGCUGACUAUACGCUGGACGAUUCGUAUUGGAACCAGGAGAGUCCCGUCGGGGAAGUGGAAAGGCUCCUGCGGGAUUAUCGACAGAACCAAGAGCUGGUGCGGAACAUCGGAGCCAAUUAUUAUCAGAUCAUCUACCCGGUACAAAUCAGACAUCAUGACAAAAUGGGCAUCUCUACCCGAGAGGUAGGGUCACAGAAGUUUCCCAGCUCGGGGUUGCAUGGAUCUAAUGAAGGAUACUCUUCCGGUGGAUCUUUUCGACCGAAAUCUCGGAUGGGGAAACAUUUUCACAGAACUUCCAUAUUAAUAAAAGCGUUCAACCAUAAAUUUCGCCUCGACCUGGAGCUCAACACACAAUUACUAGCACCGAAUUUAGCACAGAAACAUUUUUUACCUCAUGGAGCUGAACAGGUUUCCAAACAAGAAAUUGAACAUUGUUACUAUCACGGGACUGUUAAGGAUAUUCCUGGUGCCACAGCUGCGUUUCAUACUUGCAAUGGAGUAGCCGGAGUCAUACAUAUUGGCAACGAAACGUUUAUUAUUCAUCCAUUUUACGGUGGAGACUUGUCGAAACAUCCUCAUGUGAUAUUUGAGGCCCGGGACAAGGCUAAACGCGGAUGUGCCAACGACUUGCGGUCGGAUAGGAAAAACAAAUACACCAACGGUUUCACCGGCGGACGGUUCCGGAAAAAGCGACGACUAAAACGGGACGUCAGAGAAGUGACCAAGUACAUAGAGACCGCUCUCGUGUUGGACAAGGCUAUGUUUGAAAUGAGAAAUGGCAGCUCCAGAUCUGAAGUAAUCACCGACGCCAUUCAAAUCGCAAACAUAGCUGAUUUAUAUUUCCGAACGAUUAACACCCGAGUGUCGGUAGUCUAUAUUGAAACGUGGCAAGGGGCCAACCAGGCGCUAAUUGAUAAAAACAAAGAAAUUAGCACUGCAUUGCUCAAUUUUAACGAAUACUCGUCACAUGCACUGUUCAACAUCGGCAAAGACACUGCUCAACUACUAACUGGAGAAUAUUUUGUGGGCGGCGAGACGGGGAUGGCUAUCCAUGGGACCGUGUGCACAGCAAAGUCCGUGGGCAUCAGCGUGGAUGUGAAUGCCUACGAACCGCACAUCAUAGCUGGUUCGAUGGCACACAUGAUCGGACACAACGUGGGAAUGGGCCACGAUGACAAGAGAGAAGAAUGUUACUGUCGCGAUUGGCAUGGUUGUAUCAUGCAACAAUCGAUCGUGGGCAUGGAGAAUAUUCAGCCGUACAAGUUUAGCGAUUGCAGCCUCAACGAUUACAUAGACGAAUUUCGGGAAACUCGAAAUAUGUGCUUGCUCAAUAAACCGAAUGAGGCCACUAAUUUACAACAAAAAUGCGGUAACAACAUAGUGGAAGACAACGAAGAAUGCGAUUGUGGCGGGUUCGACAACUGCCAAAAGAAUGAUCCGUGUUGUGAUCCGAUCACGUGCAAACUGAUAAAAGAAGCCGAAUGCUCGGCGUCCGGGACUUGCUGUAAUGAUUGCAAGUUCUUGGCGGUGGGCACACUGUGCAGGGCGGCCAACAACGAGUGUGACUUGCCGGAACACUGCACUGGCGACAGUGGCCAAUGUCCCGCGGACAUGUACAAAAAGAAUGCCAGCCCGUGCGGUACGGAAAACGGCUUCUGUUACAUGGGCGAGUGUCCCACGCUCAACGACCAAUGUGAGCAGAUUUGGGGUUACGGCGGGGUGUCAUCGGACAGACAGUGCUACGACGAAUUCAACACUAAGGGAUCGAUGAGUGGACAUUGCGGUAUGGUAGAAGAGGCUGGUACUACCACGUACUUAAAAUGCGAUCAAAAAAACGUGUAUUGCGGAUCGUUGCAAUGUCAAAAAGGUACCAAAUAUCCUCAAAACGCGUCAGCGCCGAGGCACACCAAAACAUUAAUCUCCAUAGAUUCUAAGGAUUAUGAGUGCAAGUCGACGAGUGGCUCCAAAAUAUUUAGCUUAGUUCAGGACGGAACUCCGUGCGGUGAUAAUCUAAUUUGUAUCAAUCAAACAUGCACGAGUAUGAACCCGUACAUCGAUACACACAAUAAAUGUCCCAGUAAUCAUAAUAAUUUAGAGUGCUCUGCACACGGGAUUUGCUCAAAUUUAAACCAGUGUUUCUGUGAUAAUGGCUGGACAGGAAAUGACUGUUCUAUCCAGUUAGAAAUUUCGCCUACUUCCCCAAACUCCGACACUGUGACACUGUCGCCGGAGGAUGCAAAAAAAGCUAAAUCCGAUCUGGAAAGCAAAAUGAUCAUGAAAGAAACUCCAUAUGUAAACGCUCACAGCACCAACACCGGUGUCUUGGUCAUGAUACUCAUGACUGCUGUCGGAGUGGUGUUUCUGAUUUUCACAUGUUCUGCUUUGUGUUAUCGCCACGUGGUUGUGUACAAAAAGAACCCCUGUUUUUGCUUCAGGAGGAGUAGUGAAAAACAAGCGGUGGACAAACAAAAGCAGUCGAUCAAUACAACCCCCGUAUCGAAACCGUCCAGAUUUGACGCUCCUUCCGAAGAGUCGGCCGAAGAAAUGGCAAUGGUCAACAUAAACAGAAUUCAUAAAUACGGAAACCAAUCGCCAUACAAUCGCUCAGAAACUGGAUCCCAUAAAAUGCUAUUUCAUUCGACAAAUCAUAUGUCCCCAAGCACUUCUGGUAUUUCCAUGGAGCAUAAGUCACAAAACUUGUCCAGAUUAGGCCUGUGCCCUAACGAUGAAGACGAUAUGAACGUUCAAGAAAACCUUCACAUGAGUGGACGUGGAAGCAGUUGUGGUCUAGCUCCGGGGUCUGUAAGUAUUUCUGACAUGGAACGGAAAAUCAAAUCACUUGAUGGUUACCACGGAGACUUGUUGGAAAAACUUCGUACCGCUGCCCAUAGAUCAUCGUCUGGUGCCAGGUCGAGUAGUGAAGACCUAUUAUGGCGCACCUUGACUGAAACUGCCGAAUCGGCUUACAAUCGUAUUACAGCUAGUCAAGAAAGACUGUGUGAAGACAGGCAUGGACUUCCUCAAAGUCAUACCGUUCUGUCUGAAAGUGGAGCGCCGACAUGUCAUAGACAUCCGUAUCGGAGGCCCAGCAGGCGAACAGAUAUCGCCCCGGAAGACGAAGAAGAGACCGCCAAAGAGGUUUCCUCCACAAUCCGUAUACGGAAUCUCGAAGACCUUUUCAAACAAAUUCAAGAGCACACCGUAAGGCACAGUCCAUCUGGCUCAGAAGAGAACAGGAUGUCCGAAACAGAAGUCGAUAGACACUAUAGACAUGACGCGCAUCCCGGAUGCGAAGAACCGAGAUUCGUGAGGGGUUGGUACCGUCCGGCGAGUAGGGCGACCAGCGGCUCGGCGUCGCCGUACCAACAGGCGGCCGCCCGGGCGUCGUCGGCCACCGUACACUCGACAACAGCUCGUCGACCAAUAGCGCGGUCGGCUAGCAUGGACAUGCCGGCGGUCGCGGCCAUCGCCGACAGUGGCGUCCGACAGCCGGCGGCCGCCCGCAGUGGCGGCAGCAGCAGCGCCCGGAGCAGUCGCCGGUCCUCGACGCACCACCAACACCGCUCCGGGUACGAUCCGCCGCCGUCGGCCACCAGCAGCGGCAGCGGCCAUUCGCCGUCGCCCCGGUGUCGGCAGCGGCGAAGCGGCGCCCCCGACGCCACCCGCACCGCCUCAACCAGCAUCACCACCGCCAACAACAACACAACCAUCACCGCCGCCGCCGACAACAACAGCAGCACCAGCAGCAGCAGCAACAACAACAACAACAACCACCACCAUCACCACCAACAACAACAGCAGCAGCAGCAGCAACAACAACAACAACAACAACGCUCCUCCUCCUCCGCCAACAAACACCCCGACCCAACCCCGACCACGGCCCACGAACGGUCCGUGCUGCUCAACAACAAACAUUUUCCCGAAUACAAACACUGACGUAGAUCGCGCGCUGCCGACGCCGCCGCCGGAGGACCGUCGCUCGGCGGUCUCCCGUCCGGUUUCCGCGACCCGUCGCCGUCCACUUAAUGGUCGUGGCGUCAAGUGGUGGAGCAGGUCAAGUGGGGUUUAAGGUCCGGCGGCAUGGCAGCGGCGAUUGUAACGCGAUUAUCGUCCCGUAAAAUGUAUUGUUUUUAUUAUUGUGAAUAUUAUAAUAUGAUAUUGUAAAUUUCUGUGCGAAUGUAGCCUACGGCCACACACCCCCCCCCCCCCCUCCCCCCACAACAAAUAACAAUAAUUGUCAUUAUUAUUGUUGUUGUGUUGUUUCAUGACUUUCAUGUGUCAGCAAUAAUAAUAAUAUGCAUAUAAGAAUAUGCGUCGACGUCGUAACCGCCGGGGCUCUGGUUAGUAGACUAAUUUCGGGUACGGAUCUAUAGAAAUCUGAAAUCUAAGGGGUGCUGCUACAUUAUUUCAGAAAAAUAAAAUUAUAAUUCUAGUACCUACAUAAUAGAUUAUAGAUAAGAUUUUACGAUAAUAUGUAAACUAUUUUAUUUAUAUUAAAUAUAUAGCACUUUCACAUGGAUGGUGGGCUAAAGCCCCUUGCCUCCCCUCCCCCCCCCCGGAUCCGCAUCUGGUUAAGUUAGGUUAGGAUGCUCACCUAUAGAUGUAUACGUGUACAAUAUAGGUACCUAUCUACGUUCAUGCGAGACUGUGUGUUCAAAUUCAUAUAUAGUUCACCGACGAUAACGAUAUUAUCACGAAACGAUACAAUAUCUACGUUUAAUUAUGUUACUGAAAAAAUGCAAAUAGACAUCAACAACGGUAUAGGCAAUGUCGUACCCUUCCCUUCCCCCCCCCCCCACACACACACCCGAAAAUUUGCUACAGCGUUGAUACCCAAUAGGUUAGGUUAAUCGUAUCUUUUAACACACCGCCGCCGAUGUGUUUAUAACAAUCAAUAACAAUAUAACAUUACGAUAAAGACGAUUUUGGGGAGAACUAGAACAUGGUUCGUAAUGGGCGGCAAUUUGAUAGGGCAGUUGUACACAGCAGCGGGUCACAGCAUUUCUCGGUUCACACGAGUUAAUAUUCCCAUUGAACAUUUUCUCUGAAAACACCCCGUCACGUGUAUUACAAUAAUAUAUUAGACUCAUAAGAGCACUCCGAUGAUGGAUCACGUGUCUCUGGGUCACGGAAUUUAUCGUUUAGCGUUCGUCACACGAUUUCCCGGCAUAAUUAAUUAUUCCAGUUCAGUAAGUCCCGGUGGUCCCCUCCUCCACCACCGCCACCACCGCCACCUCCGCCGGAACGACCACCCGCACAAUACCGUCUCCGCAGACGACGCUCUUAGCCGUCGCCUCUUGGCGCGAGUGUGUUUGAUGCGCUUACGGUAAAAAACAAUUGUGUCGGUGCAUCGAGACAAUGCAAUAGUAAAAUACUAAAAUAUCGUUUAUAAUUUUCGUAAAGGCGCCGUUAAGACCGCUGCCCAUUAUUAUUAUUAUCAUCGUCGUCGUCAUUCGUUGGGCACUGGCGCGUCACGACAAGAGAAAAAAAACCGAGCGUCCGCGCGAACAACUUCCUGCCCCCUAUUUCGAAAACGCAAAUCGAUGUGUGCGCAUUUAUAUUUCACUAGUGAUUUCGUCUCAUAUAAAAUGUCAAAUCGACGACAUGGCAGUACACUCGCUGUAAUCUUUCCUACCUCCUCGGCGUGUAAUAUUCUCUCGCCCGCAGUGUUUGCGCUCCGAUUUUUUCCCUUCAAUCCCGUGCAAAUAGACCAUCUCGAUCGCGUGGCUGCUCUAUUCCCCCCCGGUCCCGAUUCCCCCACCCCCCCAAAAAAAAAAAAAUAUCUUACAACUCGCAUAGUCACCUAUACGCGCGUUUCCGACAACGAAUCGACUUACGACGUUUAUCUCUCCGUAUGAUGCAAUACGUGAGUUUCGCGUGUACCUAUACGUAUUUUCCGUUUUUAUCGUUCUCUCUCUCUCUCUCUCUGUCUCUCCUCCCCGCGCGCGGUGGUGAUUUCACCGACACCGAUUUCAUAACGUCGUUUACCGUCGUUUUUUUAUUUUUUAUUUUUUCCACCUCGCGUUUUCGCCACACAAACGACUUUUGGACUUUCUUCGCCAUAUUCAUUGGUCGCGCGGCCGACGACGACUGCAGGGAUAUGUUUUUUCAACGCGGGAAACAAAAAAUAAUAUUCAUAUAAAACACGACAUCCUUCAGGUUUUUUUUUCCAUUUUUAUUGCGCGGUCGUGAGCAGGGGUCUCGUGAUCAUCGUGUGGGGUAGUUGCACCGUACGUGUCAGACAACCGGAAAAUGUAAUUCUCGUGUCCCACAUAAUAAUAAUAAUAAUAAUAAUACGCGUCCGCCGCCGGGCACGCAUCACGAACGCUAUACGCUUUUCUGCUAAUCAAAAAUCGUUGGUCGACCAAUGAUGUUCCGCGGAAUAUCCGGCUGCUCGUGUGCACCUAUAUAUAUAUAUAUAUGCCAGCCGUUCGAAUAAAAUUAUAUUUUAAAACACUUUUAUUGCCAAUGAAUAUAAUAUCGGAUAAUAAUAAUUGCAAUGUACUGCUGUAGGUUACGAUUAUUAUUGUUAAUAUUAUAUUGUUAUGUUUACUACUUGACUAUAGUUCUUGGUGCAAUAUACAAGUAUGAUAUCAAAAUAUAUUAGAAAACAAUAUAUUGUGUAUCGUUGUUAUUGAAUUUUGUUUUCGUGUACAUAUUUUUACCAGGGUUACUUUAAAAUAUGUAUAACUAACAUUACUAUAUAAAUCGUAUAAAUUUAAUAUAUUAUAAUAUGUGUCUAGUGCGGUAUAAAAAAAAAUUGUCUUCUACAUGUGUAUCUAAAUAAUAUUAUAUUAAAAUAAUCUUGUAUAAAAUGUUUUCCGUAGUGUAUAUUUAAAACACGAACGCAUGCGUUACAAAUGCGAGUACCUAAGUCAGAUCUGAGAUCGCAACUGCCAAAAAUGUUUUUUUUUAAUAAUGUUGUACAACUGUAAUAAUAAUAUGACUUAUUAUUAUAUAUAUUAUUACGAUGUUAUAAUAUGUUAUUGAAAAAUACAAAUUUAUCGAUCUUGUUUUUCGUUUAUUUUCUUUUUUUGCUCUAUUAAGUUUUUCAAUUAUUUGAUUGCAAAUUGUAUACCUAAUCGUUUUAUAAUAAACUUUAACACACUACAUUAUAAUAGUCUCGCCCCCAAACACAAGACGCAAAAGUCCAAAAACCAAAAAUACACGAAAUCGUAAAAGUAUAGGUACAUAACUUAUUCACGCCGGAAAGCGCUCACAAAGAACAAAGUAUUCCGGUGUGCCAUUUAUAUGACUUACUAUAAUAUACUUCACUCUAAUCCGUUUUGUUGGUAAUCAUAAUUAUGGGCACCUACGUCAUAAAAAUAUACCGUUUUCACAUUUCUGUAUAAUCGUGUGUAUUGCCGUUUAAUUUUGUUCAUUUCCAGCAUAGCUACUUGUCUCUAACGAUUUCCAAAAUGCGUUCGACCGCCAAAAAUAUAGGUACCCACUUAUAUGUAUAUAUUAUAUCUCGAGUCGGAUAAAUUCGCGUAUAAUUACGAGUUGUUGCGGUGUUCCUCUCACCAACACGGUUAUCUCAGACUUAAAAAAUACACCUCUCGUUAAGAAAAAAAAAGAAUACGAAAACAAUGUCACUAGUAAAAGAGUUAAAUAAAAGCUAUUAUCUAUAUUAUAAUGUCGCGUGAGUCGUAACGUUUUGUUAUUUUAUUGUUAUUAUUUCACCCCGACGUGAAUAUUACAAUAAUAAUAAUAAUAAAUAGAUACGACGACAACGACGACGACCGCGUAGUAAAUUUGUAAUAAUUUUUUUUGUCCGUCUGAAUUUGUUCCGAAUUCCCAGUUCCCUGCACUCAAUAUUUGUGCGUGAAUAAAAUGAGAGUGUAACCGUUCGGUUUUUUUUAAAUUUAAUUUCUCGCGACAUUACAGCGGUAAGUUAGAAGAAGUGUUAUUCAUAAUAUCAAGGAUACUCGACGUGUAAUUCCAACGGAUGUUUAAAAAAAAAUUGGUACCUCAUACUAAAUUAUAUUUUGUCAAAAUGUCGAUGGCGUUAAGGAAUUAGGUACCUAUACAUAAUAAUAUAGUUAAAUUGGCUAAUAUUUUUCACUUGUUGUAUGAUUUUUGUAUGACAUAUAUAUAUAUUAUGUGUAUAUGCUACGUUUAUAUUUUCAUCAAUAAAUUGCUUAGUUCUGUCACAUUAUAAUAUAUAUAUAUAUAUAUAACAAAUUAAAUUUCUCCAAAGUAUAAAAACAGGUCAUCAGAAAAUAGCUAGUAGGACUCUUUCCCGAAUUGCCCCCAACUCAGAAAUCCAUACAACACGGUCGCUCCUGUAUGGGACUUAAAGGGUUCGCGAUUGAGGAAAUACGAAUGAGAGAGGACGAGGUUACAUCUGCGACCGAGCGGCUGUGUAGGGCGUAGGCUGUCUUUCUUUUUUUUUUUAUAACAAAUUUUCAAGGAUGAAAAAAAUCACUGGCUCUGUCUGCGACUCGUGGGACGUCCGAACGCGCUUC